UCUGCAUCUCCCGUUGCCGGUACUAAAGAGCAGGCAAUAAAGAAGAUAGCCGUAGCCCUUUUUUAAGUACCAUGAGCAGUAAAAAUCCCUCUACCAUUUGAGAUUCUUUUUCGGCGUUUUCAUAGUCGUGAAUGCGAACCAGCGUGAAUGCUCACCUCCUUGAGGCGAGCCAGCUCCUAUCCUAUCCUAUCCUAUAAGUAGUAAAAAAAAAAGUCAUGGAUGAGGAAGAUGACAUCUUCGAAGACAUCAUUGACGAUGCCGCUGAAGAUGACGACUUCGAAGGACGUUUUGAUUAAGGCUGCUCCAUAUCUUCAGAGAAGGCUUGUUUUCAAAGGAGAGAGAGCUUGUUUUCAAAAAUGGGGACGAAAAGUUUAUUGUCACUUCUUUUCUCAGUUCCGUGUCGUUGUUAGUACUUUGCUCAAAACCUGUGUGAGUAGGCAUCGUGACGAAACACUAUGACGCCGCGCGGCAGUCUGCACUGAUAACUCCUGUGCGAGAUUAUAAUUGUACUAUUGUCAAUUGUAUCAUGCAGGCGCGUGGCUGCUAUGGAGACCCUUGAUUGAUUGAUUGUAUCAUGCACUUCGAGAAGAUGGAUUAGGGACAGGAGCUCUAACUCGAAGCCGCAUACGAAAAGCACAAAUUGCAAACCCCUCAUUCCAGCAACCGACCUUCGAGCUCCCGACCUUCGUCACAUCGACCGCCAAGUGCGCAGAGAAGUGGAGGAGGAGGAAGUGCUGCAGCUGGGGUGGAUAAUUUUACUACAUCGCACUCACAUCAGUUGUAAGAUCUUCUCCGUUGUAUUUGGGAAGAACCUGUACUUCUUGACGGGUACUGUUUUGACGACAUUUAUUUAACACUUUAAGCUCAUGAUCAUCAUCGAUUGUGUCGAUGAAGGCUGCAAUCAUGAUUGAUUAUAAAUUCUCAGGGAGCCGGCGGCGCCGCUUCUUCCGUCGUCUCCAGUGGCACGGGUCAGAUUUUGAGUACGGCUGGUCGCUCAGGGUCUCUCGGGAAGGUUGCAGAGAAUGCUACGGCUUUCCUACUCGGCUCCCUCGAGUCCGUUCCGAGCAGCACAGCAGUUAGUUCCCGCAAAUCCUCGAGGCGUGAUAGUAGGCCAGUACCGUUCCGAGACUUCCCAGAUGCGGCAUCGGCUGCGGCGGCUGUUUUGGAGCACGAUGAACAGGAGAUGCACGAGAAGGAACAGAAAAAGGAGAGCGCCCUCGAAGGUGAAGCGGUAGUUGCAGUAGACGAUGAAGAAGUAGAUGAUGAAGAAGACGAGCACCAUUCCUCUCGAACAGCAUCUUCACACAAAAAUGCGCCUCAAGAGAACGUCGUAGUAGAAAUAGAGGAGGACGAAGAGGAAGAAAUAGAAGACGAGCAGGAAGAUUCUACAGAAAUUUUGAUGCCGCAGGCGGAGGAUAAGCUAGCGGGUUCUGUACAGGAGAAUAAAGAAUUCGGUCUUAGUAUAGCACGCGAACCAGAACAACCUCUAGGGUCUUCAUGCAACAGCCGAAGACCCGGUGGCGGGGAACAGGCAGUGACGAGUACGGCAGUACUAGCUACAAACAUUGUCACUAGCAAGACAGUGAUACAGGAGGCGGUGGUGGAGGAAAAAAGACUUCCUGCAAGACAGCCCUCUGGAUCCUCGAUACAAGAACAGCAAGAAGGAGAAAGACUGGAUGAACAAGCAAGUGCAGCUGCAGGUCCUCCGAAGAGCAAGACCACCAGUAGGAGCAACUCUUUCACAUCUUCUCAAGGGAAAGGGAAUUCUAACAAGGCAGGUUCAGCAUCCGGCUCAGCCGCCUACGACGACGACGAUUUUGAGGAAGACGACGUCGAGCGUCUUAGCAGAAGUGCGUCAAGUCAUAAAAGUGCUGCAUCAAGCCACAAAAGUGGAGCUUCCACUGGUCAGAGAAGUGCAGGUGUUGUGAGUCAGAGAAGUGCAGGUGUUGUGAGUCAGAGAAGUGCAGGUGCCGUGAGUCAGAAAAGUGCAGGUGCCGUGAGUCAGAGAAGCGCUGCAGCUUCUAGUCCUAGUCUCGGUCAUGCUGGGAGAGGAUCUAGAAGUAACUCUGCUAUCUCUGCACGAACAAAGCAACAUCUUCAAGGUGAAGAUCUUGAAGAUACAGCUAUGGAAACUACGCUAAAGGUCGAUGUGAAUGUAGCUGUAGGAGCAGGAGAUGAUCCAGCAAGUACUAACAUCAACAUGUCCACCACCGCUAGAAGAUCCUCUUCAAACUCCUUUUUAUCCAAGAACUCUAAAGCCUCUACUCCGAAAUCGAGUGGCAGCUGCACAGCUUCUUUUUCGCGCAACACGUCGUCUUUUUUCCGCAAGAUGAUGAACGUAGGAGCCGAGGAAAUGGAGGGCGAUCUUGAGGGUGUGGGAGAAGACCAAUCGCCUAAGAAGAAAGGAAACAAGCUUAAUACAGUGCAAGGUAAUGUGGUGGAUCAGACGAGUAGGGACAAUGUUGUAGUAGAUGCAGGUCGUCAAACACAUAGUAGUGGAAGCCAACAAAGUUCUUCAGGAUCAUCAUCUUCAAAUGAACAAGGAUCAUCUUCCUCUAGUACGCGGAAAUUCGCGAUGGCUGGUAGCAAAGACAAGACUAACCCCUUGAACAACUUGUAUAGCAGCACUAGUAGUUCUGCGAAUCUGUUCAGCAGUGCUUCUGUUGCGAAGGAGAACUUACCACCUAGUUCGUAUCACGAGCAAAGGAAUCGACCUGUAAUUAUGCUUGGAUUGAGAUGUUUUUCUACUUUUUGACAGCCCACGCACUGGGGAACAUCAAGGGAAAUAAUAGGGCACUACCUGCUGGGGAGGUCUAGAAUCACCAUAGAACGAAAUUAUGAUUGAUACAAUCCUCUCCUCCAUUCAUACUAGUUCAAGAACAGAAGCUGCCUUUCGCGACGGCGGGCAUAGGAGCCACAGAGGAGCGGAAGCUCAGAACACCGACUUCCUUGACAUCAGAAGGAAACAACUCCACCACAGGCGGCAGUGGCUUGCGUAGUUCUUACAGUACGCGGUUUGGCGGUUUUGCGACUGUUCUUCCCCAACAACAAGCUGAUGUCGAGAGUGUGAAACUGCCAUCCUCUAGAACGUUCGGAGGGUCGUCGCAGAGACGAGGAUUCAACAGUGCAGCGGAAGAAGCGGACACAGCAGAGCAAACAAGUGGUAGGGGAACAACAUCGAGCGCACAUCAGACAGCGAUGAACAAUUUUCUGUCUUCAUCAGCGGCGAACAAAAGCAGUUAUCAUAGCUUGACAAUUCCAGGAGCCAAAAGUAGAAAUAGAGCAGACGGGCAAGAUCCAACACUAGGAUUGCCUUCCAACCACAAUUAUGGCUUCCCCUAAUCCAUCUUCGGAAGCAUCGUAGAGACGUUUUCAAGGGGAAAACAGUCUCAGGAUGGACUUGAAGAUGGAUUAGGGUGAGCGCUAACACAACAAUCCUUCUGCCUUUCUCUUCUCGUCAGAUGCCACACCAAAAGCAGGAGAUAGAGGUGCUGACGGUGGGGUCCUCAAAAGCAAUAGGCUCUCAAUGGGAGCACAGUUGGGGAUGACGUCUCCUGCGGGGUUCAAACUUGGAGGGGACAAGCAGAAUUUUGUCGGAAGAAGUAGCGUUGCGAGUAGUUCUUUAUGAAAGCGGAUUGAACAUGAUCAUGAUGAUUUGUCAGGAGUACAAGAACAUCGUGGCGAUUUCAGAUCCCCAAAUUAGCACCACUUAUAUCAUGUUUCUCCGUCGUAGUUGCUUACUGUAUCUAUCAUCUUCUAAUCGUCAUGUCUGGCGGAGACGACUCCUUCAGGCACAUAGACGGGUUUAAGUCCAUGCCAAGACCGAAAACAGCGGGAGAGAAGCGAUUUGACAGCGUUAUGGAGAGAGUGCAGAAAAUGGUAUGAAGAUUACUUCUCUGGUACAGUUUGACUUGUGACGGGGCAUUUUCUGUAGUUGGAAGUAAGUACAUUCAAUCUACUGCUUCACAUCCGUUUACCUUUUUUUAAAGCCUUCCCCUCAACACCUCCACAGAACACCGACCGCUCAGAUCACACGAGUCGACCGCGAUCUGCGUCUAGACCGAGGUCAGCCCAGAGGUACCUCGCAGAACAGCGCAGAGCAGCGGAGCAGAAGGAUCUAGAAGUGACAGAAAAUGUGUCUCGGAACGUUAGGGAGUUGGAAUAUCAUACGUUGAUGAAGGUACUAGUACUUAACAAGUUGUACACAAGUCUUUUAGUAAGUACUCCUUUGAUUCGCAUUGUUCACAGGUCUGAAAUACAUGCUUAGAAGAUAUUUCACAGGUCUGAAAUACAUGCUUAGAAGAUAUUUCACAUUUACAAGAAUCCCUGACAGCUCUCGCAAAUGAACGAGUGGGCUCGUGAGCUCAAAUUGCCGAUAUCCUACCGAUGUCUCAUUCGUGAGUCUCCCAAUGGCAUGCGAAGACCUAUAGAGGUGCACUUGUAUGUGCAUAAAAGCGCCUUGCCUCCUAAGGAAGACGAGGAUGCGGAGGGAGGGAAGAAGGCAGACGUACCAGGAAUGGGAGGCGGUGGAGAAAAGAAAGAUUAUGGCUCGCAGACUAGCAUCGAUAACAAACUAGUAGAAUAACAAUCUUUCUAACAGUUUUAACAUCAGGGAAAUCCGUAAAACUCAGAAGAGAUUCAGGGAAGUCGUAGGACAAUUCCGAACCGACUAACAUCAUCGUCAACAAUCUUGCUAAACGUAAACAUGUUUGAAUCUUCAUCCGUGUUUUUCUUGAUCCAAGAAUAUGGUGAAUUUCUACUCACGACCAUGAUUGAUUAUAUCGCAAGUAAUUUGAAGUUGUGAAUCGAAUUACGACCUCUAAUCAUCAACACCCCCCUCCUCCUCCUCCUCCGCCGACGACUUCGUCCACAAAGAGCUCGUAAGCCAUGUCAUUCUGGAGAAACGUUAUCGCGCAUUGAAGAGCAAGUAUGAAGAAAAGAGGGAUCCAUGGGCCAAACCAGACCCAAAUAGUCCAGCAGAGAAAUUAAAAGCGAAAAAGGAAAAGAGAAAAAAGUAAGAUUAUACAGUUAUUGAUUUUCGUCUGGAUGGAUUCAUUUCGAAGCAGUUGUAAUCCUCAUUGUAGAAUCUUCUGUACGGGUGCUUUAAUAUCAUGGUGAAGUAGAUCCUCGUGCAAAUGAUAUUAAACCUCAGGUUCCAAGAGGGUUCCGCUUACAAACCUCCCAAGAAGAGCAAUACUUGGCUUGCAGUAGAAGUGGAGAGGGAACGGAAGAUUGAAAUUCACGAGGCGUACUCCGUAGCAAAACAGCUAGAGACGAAAAUCCGCGAACAAAUAGUCACACUUAGCGCAUUGAAGAGGACGAGGCCUCGUGAGUAACUGUGAAGCAGAGUUUGUGGAAAUCUUCUGGUUAUAGAUCAAGUACAGUAGCAGCUUCAGCAGCACCCUGGUAUGCCGAGAACAGUAUCAGACAGAGCACGGGUGCUGUCUUCUAUUGUAUCAUGUGUUGAAUAUAUCUUAGCAGCUCGCAUAGCCUCAACUCCAUGAAAUCAAAAGUUGUAGCGCUUCUUCGAAGUAAGUUGCAGAUGUUGUCUGAUUAUAGAGUUUAGUCGUAAGUAAACUACAAAGAUUAAGAUUUGUUCCUGUUGCGACGUUUCGAUUUCUCUUUUGUGUAUUCGGAAAAAGUCGAACCCUGUCAGUAAAUAGUUAACGGAUUCUUGUCUCACUAUACAAGGAUGUUCUCAAUAUAUGACCAGAAAGCAGUGCACAGUGUGCACAGAAGGAUGCCAUCGUAGAAGCAACACGGAUAGGUCAAGAAAGAGAAGAGUUUGAGUUAAACAUCAAGAUAGAUGGGUACUACGAGUCUUUUUUGAGUUAGAUCGUUAGCUGUAUCGUGACUGACCGAAAUCAGUGAACUUCUGUUUCGAAGGUCUUUAAUAUCGCUCUUUGAGCAGCUAUACUUCCUCGC